AUGUCCCCCGAAGCAGCGAAGAGCGACAACUCGAGCUCUCGAGAUCUUCAGUCCGCUGUUCUGCAAACGACGCUGCAGGAGAUCUCAUCACGGCCGACGGAACCCGAGCGGGGCGCAUCAGCCGACGAUUGUUGCGUCAUCUGCCUCGACCAAAUCACCGAAGGCUGCGAAGCGCAACCCUGCCACCACCGAAACUUCGACUACCUCUGUCUGGUAACAUGGCUGGAACAACAAGCAGCAUGUCCUCUGUGCAAGACCGAGAUCAAAGAAUACGACCCAGGCGACCGCGACCGCAGAAUGCCCACUCCUCGUAUCGAACAUUUGUUCCUUCUCAGGAUGAGACGAUUGCGCGCCGACGAGACGUGUAUCGCCGCCAACUGUAUUCGCUCCACGUCGGCUCGAACCGAAUAUCUAGGUACCGAGACCUGA